CGCAAUCGAUUCAAUUUGGGCAUUUUAGGUGAGAAAUAAACGGGUUGGGAGCGCACGUCCCACAUUUCGAGCAAAGUGGCGAAUUUCCAGGGCACACACUUUCUUUCCUUCUUUCUUUCUUUCUUUUUAAAUCUCUUCGUUUCUCCGUGCUUCUUCUCUCCGGGAGACCACCGGCGACCGUUAUGUAAAAGAAAGGAAAAAUAAUAAUAAGCUCCGGGCAAGAACUUUAAUCAAUGGCUUUCACGAGUGCUCUCCGCCGGGCUCUCAUUUUCAGUGCUUUGCUGUUCUUCACCGUCUGCUUCGCCGGUGACCGAUUCGUCUACUUCGAGUUGGAGUGCUCCUACGUCACUCAGUCUCCACUCGGUGUUCCUCAGCAGGUGAUUGCAGUUAAUGAGAAAUUUCCUGGUCCUGUUUUAAAUGUUACAACUAAUGACAAUGUGGUGGUUAAUGUGAGGAACAACCUGGAUGAAGAUCUUCUGGUUACUUGGUCGGGAGUUCAUAUGUGGCGUUCUUCUUGGCAAGAUGGAAUUCGGGGUACAAAUUGCCCUAUCCCGUCGCGAUGGAACUGGACCUAUCAGUUUCAGGUCAAGGACCAAAUUGGGAGUUUAUUCUAUUUUCCAUCCACAUUAAUGCAGAGAGCAUCUGGUGGCUUUGGCUCAUUUAUUAUCACUAAUCGCCCUGUUAUCAGUCUUCCUUUUGGUUUUCCUGAUGGAGAUAUAGUCAUAUUCAUUGGGGACUGGUACACUCGAAAUCACAAGUCUUUACGGGCUGACCUUGAUGCUGGUAAAGAGCUGGGAAUGCCUGAUGGGGUCCUUAUCAAUGGCAAAGGACCAUACAAAUACAAUUCUUCGCUUGUUCCAGAUGGCAUUGAUUAUGAAACGAUAAAUGUUGAUCCAGGCAAAACUUAUAGAGUUCGGGUGCACAACGUGGGAGUCUCAACAUGUUUGAACUUUAGGAUUCAAAACCAUAACUUGCUCUUAGCAGAAACAGAAGGAACCUACGCCUCACAGCAGAACUUUAGUAGCAUAGAUAUCCAUGUAGGGCAGUCCUACACUUUUCUGGUCACAAUGGAUCAGAACGCAAGCAGCGAUUACUAUGUCGUCGCAAGUCCAAGAUUUGUGAACCAAUCAACUUGGCAGAAUGUCACCGGUGUCGCCAUCUUGCACUAUUCCAACUCCAUGGGAAAAACAUUUGGAACUCUUCCGGAUCCUCCCAAUGACGUCUACGACACAUCCUAUGCCUUAAAUCAGGCCAUGUCCAUCAGGCAAAAUGUAUCUGCAAGUGGAGCCCGCCCGAACCCACAAGGAUCAUUCCAUUACGGCUCUGUUAAUGUCACGGAUGUUUACAUCCUAAAGAGUUUCCCACCAUUGAUGAUUGAUGGGAAGCUCCGAUCCUCGUACAACAUGAUAUCCUUUGUCAAUCCCAAGACUCCAAUCAAGCUUGCUGACGAAUAUAAUGUUCCGGGCGACUACAAACCUGACUUCCCAACCAAGCCAAUGACCAGACCACCUAAGAUGGACACAUCAAUCAUCGACGGCACUUACAAGGGAUUUAUUGAAAUUGUACUGCAGAACAAUGACAGUGUUGUUCAGAGCUUUCACAUGAGCGGUUAUUCUUUCUUUGUGGUCGGAAUGGGUUAUGGAGAAUGGACUGAGAACAACAGGGGAUCAUAUAAUAGAUGGGAUGCGAUAUCCCGUUCAACUACACAGGUUUUUGCAGGAGGGUGGACAUCUGUGUUGGUAUCUCUUGACAAUGUUGGGGUGUGGAACCUUAGAACAGAAAACCUUGACAGAUGGUACUUAGGCCAAGAAACCUACCUCAGAAUCACCAAUCCGGAAGAUACCGGAAACAAAACCGAACUCCCCGCUCCAGAGAAUGUUCUUUACUGUGGCGCCCUUGCUUCGAUGCAGAAGCAUCAAAAAACAUCUUCUGCAGCAACCCUUCAUGGAAGUUUGAGGUUGGUUCUAUCGACUCUGUUUCUAUCUGUAGCUGUCAUCAUCUGCUUCCAUUUUCACUGAGGUUUAAGUGCUUUAGAGCAGUGGGUAGGGGUACUUUUGGAAUGGAGAUUGUUUGGGCGUUUUUGGUGUUCUGCUGAUUUUCUUUAACCAUUUUUUUUACCUAUAAAAAAAGAGGUAAAAAAAAUGUGCUCAAGAAGUUUGUGUACUCAUGAUGACUUGUAUGACCAAAAUUUGUAACAACGGAUUUGAUUAUUCUA